CCCGCUUGUUGGUCUGCCAAAUUCACACCGGUAGACGGUGGUUCAACCAAAGAAUAGUUUUGGUUCAACGGGGAGUUUUGGUUCAACCAAAGAAUAUUGGUUCAACUCAGAAGCAAGAAGGAUUAAUAAGUGGUCUGAUGGAAAAAUAGCAUCAUUAAAACACAUUGAAUUUGUGAGCAUGACAAAGAGAUUCAAAUUGAGCUAAAAAAUAUGUAUGCAAGGAAGAUCAGCACCUAUCAAAAUGCAAGGCAAGCUCUUCACAGUUCUUUUCCUAAGGAUAUGCCAGGACGAGAAGAAGAAUUAGAACAGCUCCAACUGUACUUGAAAGAUCAUUUGACUAAUAAAGCCUCAGGUUCAUUGUAUAUCAGUGGACCUCCUGGUACUGGAAAAACUGCUUCUCUGAAUCUGAUACUGCAAAAUGAAGAGAUUUCCUCACAAUUUGAAGAGGUUUAUGUGAAUUGUACAGCCAUCAAAUCUCCCACUGCUAUUUAUUCUAAAAUAGCUGCAGCAUUGAAAUUGAAAAUAAAUGGAAAAACUAAGAAAGAUUACCUAACAGGAAUUGAAAAUUAUUUGAAGAAAAAACACCGCAUGAUCCUAUUAGUAUUGGAUGAAAUCGAUCAACUUGAAAACAAAAAUCAGUCUAUCCUAUACACCAUCUUUGAAUGGCCCUCAAAACCCAACUCGCAACUUAUACUAAUUGGCAUUGCUAAUGCUUUAGACUUGACUGAUAGAAUCCUACCAAGACUUCAAGCUAGCUGUGAAUUGAAACCACAACUAAUGCAUUUUCCACCUUAUACCAAGCAACAAAUUAUAAACAUUUUCACUGAUCGCUUGAAAGCGGCAGGUGUUCUUGAUGUAUUUUCUGAACCAGCCCUCCAGUUGCUCGCUGGAAAAGUUGCUGCAGUUUCUGGAGAUGUAAGGAGGGCCUUAGAUAUUGGUAGGAGGGUAAUAGAGCUAGUGGAUCAGAGUAGAACAUCCGAAGCUUUGCAACCCAUAGAAAAUGUAACGAAUUUGCUUGUUGAAGCAGGAAUGAAAACUGUGGAGAUGAAAGAAGUUAUGAACGUAAUGAAUAAUGUGUAUGGUACUUCCCAAACCUUGACAGAAUCAUCAGAAGACACUUUUCCUCUGCAACAGAAGAUUAUAAUUUGUUCGUUGUUGUUGAUAUUGAAAAAGGCAAAAAAUAAAGAUGUGACAGUAGGUAAACUGCAUGAAGUGUACCGCAGAGUAUGUACAAAGAGGCAUAUCAAUGCUGUGGAUCAGGCCGAGUUUGCAGGAUUAUGUUCAUUAAUUGAGACAAGGGGGAUCAUCAGGGUGUCUGGGAAGAAAGAGCCUCGUCUACAUAAGGUUAGUUUGGAGUGGGAUGAGGAGGAAGUCGGUUCUGCUUUGAAGGACAAGCAGUUGAUGUCUAUAAUUUUACAAGAUGAUAGCUGCUUAGGUAAACUUUAAAUUUUGGAAGAUUGUAUCAUUCGAUUUUAUUUAUUGACAAAUAUUUAAUAAAGUGAAUUUUUAAUAUUA